AUGGGCGGUGCGAGCGGGCAACGACUAUUCAUUGAUUUGGAAGGGAACGGGGUGAUGCAAGGCUGGGAGGAGAUCAUGGGCCAGACGGCCAAGCGGCUCUGCGAGCCCUUCAUAGUGGGCCGGAACGACAAGACAUCCAAACUCAGCAUCCUCAACUAUCACCCCGCUCGACAUGUGAUCAUCAAACCCCAUCCCGAUGUCUUGCAGUUCAUCACCAACCAAGGUUGGCCCAACAAACCCCGUGUCCAUAUCUAUCCCGGCCGCUGGCAAGACUUCCUUGUCGACGUUCAGGAAAGCAAAAUUCAGGCUAACUUCAACGUCAUCUAUUGGGAUACGUUUUCAGAAGGCUAUAGAUCAUUGAAGGGCUUUUUUGAUAACGUUUCCAACCGCUUGUCCGGCUCAGAGGCCCGAUUUUCCUGGUUCCAUGGUCUCGGAGCCACUUCGCGUAUGUUGUAUGAUAUUUACACGGAGAUGGAAGAGAUGGAGAUGAGGGAAGCUGGUCUCCGAGUGAGCUGGUCCGAAGUCCCCGUGGAUGGAGGUGAAGCCUUAUGGGAGGGCAUCAAGCAACAAUACUGGGACAUACUAGAGAUUGUUUGCCUGUACUUUUUGCAGGUACCUGGUACCUCCUGGGGGGUACCCCUCGCACCCGCCCCGCACCCUCCAGGAGGUGCCAGGUGCGGUACUUGGUACCUAUUUUUGUGA